UCUUCCCCUGGCCUUCAACGGGCGAGGUUUUUUGAAAGCAUCCUCUGGCGUCUCCCCUUCAACUCCCCCGACACCCAACCGAAGCCGUAGAGAGAGGCAGCGAAAAGCUUGCUCUUUUAUACCCUCCUAGGGUUUCGGGCCUCGCCUCCCUCGCUUCGCGCCAUCUCCCGCCUCCCCUCGCCGCCGAUCGAUUCGCCGCCCGGAGCCCCAAUUCGAUCCCCUGGUCGCUCGAUCUGGGAUCCGCUAGAUUCGUUGUCCCGGUGAUGAGGAGGUGAUGGGGGCGAUGGCGGAGGUGGUGCAGGAGGGGUGCGUGGAGAAUCGGCAGCCCCUGGCGGCGUCGAGCUCUUCUGUGUCGGAUGGCAGCAGCUGUGGCGGCGGAGGCCAGGCCGGGGCGUCGCCGCCGGUAUCAAGCUCGGGGAAUUCCAUCUCCGGUCUGAGGCGAACAAGUGGGCCGAUAAGAAGAGCUAAGGGUGGCUGGACACCAGAAGAGGAUGAAACAUUGCGGAAGGCAGUCGAAACUUUCAAGGGUAGAAACUGGAAAAAAAUAGCUGAAUUCUUCCAUGAUAGGACAGAGGUACAAUGUUUGCAUCGCUGGCAAAAGGUUCUUAAUCCUGAGCUUAUCAAAGGCCCUUGGACUCAAGAGGAAGAUGACAAAAUCAUCGACCUUGUGCGCAAGUAUGGACCAACAAAAUGGUCUAUCAUAGCGAAGUCACUGCCUGGCCGCAUAGGCAAGCAAUGCCGAGAGAGGUGGCAUAAUCAUCUGAAUCCUGAAAUAAGGAAAGAUGCAUGGACUCCUGAGGAGGAAAGGGCACUCAUUAAUGCUCAUCGAGUGUAUGGAAAUAAGUGGGCAGAAAUAGCAAAAGCUCUUCCUGGAAGGACUGAUAAUUCUAUAAAGAAUCAUUGGAACAGUUCUUUGAGAAAGAAGCUAGAUGUCUACGGUGCCAACAGUGUUCUCGCAGCUCCAAACCUGCUUGCCCAUGAUGAUUUCAAGGAUCAAAUGAGGCCUGUAGCUAUUGGCAGCCAUCUUGAUCUGAACAAAAUGCCCAACAUCGGUUCAAAAGAUGUCCCUGGAAGAGCUCAUCGCUCCAUUAUGGGACCACUUUUGCAGGCAUACAAUUUGAAAUCUGUUGAGGACUCCUCUGGUGGUCUCCUUUCUCUUUCUAUACCAACUGUGCAGGCUUCAUACUCAUCACUAGUUGAUGGUUCUGCUGUUACUUUAGCGGUACAAGGUCUGGAAAGUGACUCUGUCCGUGACAAGGGCCUAGAAAUUAAUUCCAUUCAUGAGAAGCAUGAGAAGGGUACUGAGGUUAGCUCCAUACCUGAUCCUGUGGGGGAGGGCUGUACCAUUCAAUCAGAAUCUGCUCCAGCCAAAAGUGGUACCAAACCAUCUUUGAAGAAUGAGUUGUAUUCUACCCUUGGUCCUCUUUGUUAUCAGAUUCCUAAUGUGGAAGAAGUUGCCCCAAUCAGUGCCUCACUCCAUUCUGAACAUCAUGGUGCACAUCAAACAACACAGCAUAGCAGGGAUGGGCUUAUGUCACCUGAUGGUUAUACUUCCCCAUCUCCAACUAUCGGCAAAGUAUCAAGUCCACUUACUGUCGAUUCAAUUUUGAAAACUGCUGCUGACAGCUUUCCAUGCACUCCUUCAAUAUUAAGGAAAAGAAAACGUGAUAAAUCAACACCUACUUCAGACAACUUUUUCACUCCUAAUGGGAAGGGAGCUACUGCAAAUACUCCACGGUCAUUUAAAACUGCAUCAUUUUUGUCAUUGGGCCCUCUUGAUGAUGGGUUAUUGACAUCUGUAAGGACCUCUGAUGCUUCACCGCCGUAUCAGAUCAGAUCAAAAAGAAUGGUUGCCAUAAAAUCAGUUGAGAAACAGCUAGAUUUUUCAGCAGAUGGAUUGGAUACUUCUGGUUCUGAAAUCCUGAACUCUCCUUGCCAUAAUUCUCAAGGCGCAAAUUCUAAUAGGACGUAGCACAUACAGCGAUUUGGAUGUAACCUAAUUCCUUAAUUUGCAGGAACCAAUCUCAAUCUUACAAGGCACGAUUGGACAUAUGGAAGUUGCUUUCCGAACUAACAUGCUUCACAAAAAUGUCCCAGUUCAAGCCAAAAUGCAAAUCAAACAUCACCAGUGGAGAAAAGAGCCUCCAACAAUCGAAAUGACGUACUGAGUACACAAGGGCCAUCGAUUACCCUGUCAUCUCUUGUAACCAGGGUGUACAAAAUACUGUCUAAAUUGAAACGACACACUCCAUAGAAGAUUACGUUGUUUGCAGCAUUUUGUGAACUUAACAGCUAGGAGUUCAGUUUGUAGAAGCCCACAGCUGUGUACAAACAAGAAAACAUAGCUUUAGGAAAAAAAAAACAUAUAGCUGAAUAAGAGCUUCCCCAUUGGAAUGUCAAAUCCUUUUUGUUUGUUUCUUUCAAACUGUGCGUUCCGCUUGUUGCGAAACAGCAAGGGUCUGCUCUUUGUAAUAAUAAAGCCUGAUUUGUGGGCUAAAUUCUGGAAUUCUGGCAAGGGUUUGUCAAGAAACUAUUUAUGACAGGCAGCAGGCUUUGUUUCAUGGUU